AUGCCCGCAAAAACGAAAGCUGCCCCUUCUUCUGUUGCUGCUGCUAUGGCAAGGGCUCCUGCCGCAAAACUUUCAGCAUCUGGCAAAAGUGGUGCAUUCAAGGAUAAAGGCAAACCGGAAGGUGUUCGUAGCAGUAAUAUCGUGGCGGCUAAAGCUGUCGCAAAUGCGGUUCGAACAAGCUUGGGACCAAAAGGAAUGGAUAAAAUGAUUGAGACCGAUAAUGGAGAGGUGACUAUCACGAAUGAUGGUGCUACGAUCCUCAACAAAAUGAGUGUCGUCCAUCCAACGGCUAAAAUGUUGGUCGAACUGUCGAAAGCACAAGACGUAGAAGCGGGUGAUGGGACGACAACAGUGGUUGUUAUGGCUGGUGCGCUGUUGGAUGCUGCAGAAAAGUUACUGAAUAAAGGUAUCCAUCCCACGCAAAUCUCAGAAUCUUUCCAAAGAGCAGCAUCUGAAGCCGAAAAGAUUUUGGAGGCAAUGGCAAUGCCUGUUGAUGUGAACGAUGAUGAAGAGCUGAUUAAAAUUGCCACCACAAGUCUCUCUUCGAAGGUCGUCUCACAACAUUCUUGGCUGCUGGCACCGAUGGCUGUGAAAGCUAUUCAAAAGGUUGUUGAUCUGGAAAAAGAGUUCAACGUCGACUUACGAAUGAUCAAGGUUGUGAAGAAACUCGGCGAGACAGUCGAAGAAUCGCGUCUGGUCGAAGGCGCACUCAUCGACCAGAAGUCGAUGGGACGUGGUGGACCGACCCGCGUCGAGAAGGCUCAAAUUGGUCUCAUUCAGUUUCAACUUAGUCCACCGAAAACUGAUAUGGAAAAUCAGGUAAUCAUAACAGAUUAUUCACAAAUGGAUCGUGCACUUCGAGAGGAACGCACUUAUAUCCUGGAUCUUUGCAAACAGAUCAAGAAAGCCGGUUGUAAUGUGCUGUUGAUUCAGAAGAGUAUUUUGAGAGAUGCAGUCAACGAAAUGGCUCUGCAUUUCUUGGCGAAAAUGAAGAUCAUGGUAGUGAAAGAUAUCGAACGUGACGAUAUCGAGUUCUAUUCGCGUAUUCUCGGCUGUCGUCCGGUCGCUUCCGUUGAUCACUUCACGGCAGAAGCGCUCGGCUCUGCAGAUCUCGUUCAAGAAAUCCCAACGGGAGGCGAUGGACGUGUAAUCGAGGUGACGGGCGUUCAGAAUCCAGGACAUGCGGUAUCGAUUCUUUUACGAGGCUCCAACAAGCUUGUGCUAGAUGAGGCUGAACGUUCACUUCAUGAUGCGUUAUGUGUGCUGAGAUGCUUAGUGAAAAAACGACUUUUGAUAUCUGGUGGUGGUGCACCGGAAAUGGAAGUGGCCGUACAGUUGCGUAAUCUAGCACAAAGUAAACUUGGUGCAGAGCAAUAUUGCUGGAAGGGAUUUGCGGAUGCGAUGGAAUUGAUACCGUACACAUUGGCCGAGAAUGCAGGUCUGAGCCCGAUUAAGACGGUCACUGAGCUGCGUAAUCAACACGCUAAUGGUCACAAGAAUUUUGGUGUUAACGUUCGCAAAGGAAAUGUAACUGACAUUCGUGAGGAGAACGUUAUACAACCACUGUUGGUGACAGCAUCGGCUAUUAAGCAGUCUGCAGAAUGCGUUCGAUCAAUUCUCAAAAUUGAUGAUAUCGUAAUGGCGAUGCGUUGA